AUGAAAUCCCACAAUGCACCGGGGUGUUGUUCAGGACCGCGGAGUCGGUUUGGGACAAAACUAUGGUGGUGUUUAUGUGACGGAAUGCAGGCGCACUGUGACAAACAAAACUCGUGAAUCCGUUUAUUAAAAUCUGUCAAACACACGGUGGUUGUGAUUCAGAUGUAGGGGUUAGUGUGUAGGGAUCAGGGCGCUAUUAGAAAUGCGACACACAAGAGCAUAACAUGGACUCGCGUUAGGAGUGGACGCGCUCGCGCUUCUGCACCCGAGAGCAAAGGGAGAAUGUGGCGCUCGGUAACGGAGGCAUGCCGCGGCCUCGCGCUGGCUGUGUGGCUCGUGUCGCUGUGCUCGGUGCGCGCGCCGUGCCUGGACUUCGCGGCGGAGAAGGAGGAGUGGUACACGGCCUUCGUCAGCGUCACGUACGUGGACCCGGUUACGGCGGAGCUGCGCACCGAGAAGAGCGAGUGCGGCCACUACGGAGAGCACUCCCCCAAGCGCGACGCCAAGGGCUUGCUCGCCACGGCGGCUUCAGCGCGCGAGCGCUACGCCUGCGACCCCAACACGCGCUUCGCCGUCCCCGACCGAGCCAGCGCGUGGAUCGCCCUGGUCACGCGCGGAAACUGCACGUUCAGGGACAAAAUCCGCCACGCGUCCGGACAGAACGCCUCCGCCGUGGUCAUCUUUAACGUCGGGGCUUCCGACGCUAACGAGACCAUCACCAUGCCGCAUUCAGGCACAGGUGACGUGGUAGCGAUCAUGAUCCCCGAGCACAGAGGCCGUGAGCUGGUGCUGUUGCUGGAGAAGAACGUGACUGUGAACAUGCACAUCACCAUCGGGACACGCAACUUGCAGAAGUACGUGAGCCGCACAUCCGUCGUCUUCGUCUCCAUCUCCUUCAUUGUCCUCAUGAUCAUCUCGCUGGCAUCGCUUGUCUUCUACUACAUCCAGAGGUUCAGAUAUGCCAACGCCAGAGAUCGCAACCAGCGGCGACUUGGUGAUGCAGCUAAAAAGGCCAUCAGUCAGCUCCAAGUACGGACCAUCAGGAAAGGAGACCAGGAGACAGAGUCAGACUUUGAUAAUUGUGCUGUGUGUAUCGAGGGCUACAAACCUAAUGAUGUGGUGCGAAUUCUCCCCUGUAGGCAUGUCUUCCAUAAAGGCUGUGUUGAUCCAUGGCUGGUGGACCAUCGCACGUGUCCUAUGUGUAAAAUGAAUAUCCUGAAAGCACUUGGACUCACGGUAGGGUCGAGUGCAGAGUGCCUGGAGGAGCUCCCUCUGGACUACGAGCUGGCUGUUGGGGGUGUGGCCCUGAAUGCCAUGUUGAUGAGCGAUGAUGUCCUGGCUGGUGACAUCACAGGGGGGCGUGACCUUGGGGUGAGGAUGGUGGGUCUCCCUCAGGUCUUCCUGGACUCGGAGCCCAUCACAGAGGACACCUUACUGACUGAGCAGAGUGAACUUCAGCCAAUAGUGAGCAGCGGUUCAGAAGCAUCGCUCACUGCAGGGGUAGAGGAAUAUGAUAUGGACACACCCACAGACAGCACGAAAUGCCGACUGGGCAGCAGCCUUGGCCACUCAAAUCAUGGAUGCGCAGAGUGAGUCGCGGAGUAGCCAUGGCGACAGGUGACGCUGACUGAGCUUCCAGUGGAAUCUCCUAGCCGAUGACAUCACACUAUGACAUCACUGCCUGCUGUAUUCCUACCCUUUACUCUGUGUGUCGGUGUUUGAAGAGGAGACACACCAGUUCCUCUUUCUCUGUUGAUGUACUUCAGAGUGUAUGUUCGAGUCCCGUAUAUUCCGGAUUAUAAAACAAUUUAACUGCGUAUCAGGUGCUGGGGUGGAUCAUUUCACAAUUAUCAUGUUGCAGGAUUAUAACUUGCCACACUGUGGCUGAGUUCUCAACACGACAUUCAGCUUCGUACAUGAAACAUGUACACAGCAGCCAUCACUAGAAUACACCGAGACUAUUCAUUCAGCAUUGAUGCGAGCUGAGUGCUUUUAUAUUAAAUAUGCAAGGAAGAUAUUGAAUAGUUUUAUUUUACUGAGCUAGUCAAACUGUUAAAUUUUGGGGAAAAAAAAAAAAAACACUGGUUAUCUUUUUAUUAGCAUUAUCCAAGUUGCGUUAUUGAUGUAUAUUGCUUUAGCUGAAAACUUAAGUGUUGCCCAAGGUGGAGUCAUUCUUGGAUUUAGCAAUGUUUAGCUGCUGCUAUGAGGCUGCUCAGUGUAACACUGGGGUAUUCACUUGCUUAUUCUGUUAAGAAAAAGAUUUUUGGUAGCUUAGAACCUUGAGAGCUCUAUGGAUAAACACUGAACAGCCAACUCCUCUGCUAGCUAUUCAGCUUUAACUAAUGCACACCAAUGACCACCUCUUGUAACAGCAAACUAACAUAAGCUAGUUGGCUUUAAUUUUUAUGAAAGUUUGCAUUUUUCUUUGUCGUUUUUUCCCCUCACUUUAUUUCUGUCAGGUGUAUACUGUAUGUGUGAUAUAUGACCUUUGUCUAAGAGGCUUAGCUGACAGCUAAUCGAACAGAAAAUGUGGUGACAGGAUAGACCAGCUCCAUUAGCUUAGCUAAGUUUACAAAAAAAAAAUACAAUUGGAUUUUGGAAAUGGCAAUGCUAAUGUAACUAAUCCGAAUCCAGCUAGUUUUUCACUGGAUAAAUUGAAGUACAAAGAUGUAAAAUCACUACAGGCUUCCUUCUUUUCGUCAUAUUCCUAUUAGCUUUGCUAAUAAACAUUUAGCAUAAAUCUCACCUUAACUUCCACAAGUUAGCUUGAGAGAGAUACUGUUACUAUUUAUUAACUCUAGUUUAGCUAAGCUUCUAUAUAGGUCAUGUGACAUUUAUGGGUUUUAUACUAGUGAAUUGACUGUUUUUAAAAAUGAGAUUUCAGCAACUUGAACAGUACGUAGCUCAGCAGGAGGAACACUACACCCUUCACAUGUUUUAUAGUCCGGAAAAUGCGCUACACUAGUUAGGUUUCAGCAGACAAUCUGCUUUUGUUGCCUUCAAGUCCUCCUCAGCUGUUUGUACUUCACGAUUUUGAAGUCGUUAAGUAUGAUGCAGAGCAUGUUCAGGUGGUUGUGGGCCAAAACAAAAUGGUUGCCCUGAUUUUUAUUGUUCUGUUAGAUGAGAGGGUGAAUAUAUUUUUGCGCCAAUGCAACAAAAUGAACAACGUUAGCUGAAUAGCGUUUUUAUACAGUUUAGUAGUAUUCAAACAGGAUUAGUUUUCCAGAUAGAGGUCUGUUAUGUAACAUUCCCAGAGGACGAUUGUUGUAAUUCUGGUCAAUUUGUACAGAAUAAAUAAUCUGUAUAAAUCACAGAUGGGCGCAUCUUCACCACACAUGCUCAUACACUCAAGUCCAGGUGUGCUACAUGCCUUAUGUAUUAUAAGUGCUUGUUGUAGGGGGCAUGGCCGUGCACAUCGCGCUUGUCUGUUAAUAGGUCACAUGACCAUUCUAUGUCUGUAAGAUGGCCCUGUGAUAGGAACUUCCUGCUUCUCUUUAUUGUUUUGGAGACGAUAGAAGAGAGCGAACAUUCCCUGGAGGGUCUUUUUUUUAUUAUUAUUUUUUUUUAACUUAUUGCUUUCUAGUAGUAAUUGUUACCCUACCCAUAUCUGUAAAACUAAUCCAGUCCAAAAAAAAAAGCAGCUGUAUCCAUGUCUACAUCUACUUUUCUUCAAAUCUGAUGUAAUGUCAAAUUGUUUUAUUGAGACGCUCACAACUCAACUUUUUUUUCUGUAGAAAAAAAAAAAUCCAAGGCUGAUCUCGUAAUUCCAACAUUUCCGUCAGGACCUGAAGGCCGCACUCAUUCUGCUCGACAAUCAAUUUGUUUGUCUGAUUCCUACAUGGACUUACCUUCCAUUCCAUCUUCUCCCAAACUGAGUGGAUUGAGGAGGGGAAAACCUCUCCACGAUGUUUUAACACAGGAAAAAAAAAGCAUUAUUUUUAUUUUUCUAUCAAAGUGCAUUUUGAAGUGUGGGAGAGUGCAGUGUUCAAGGAUUGAAGUGGCCACAAAAGAAGAAGGGGGGGGGGAAGGAAAAAAAGCAAACUAGUGACUGGAGAGCUCUUUGCUUCUGUGAGAUUUCUUUGUCUUUCCAGAAAGUGCUCUUGACCUUUGCAGACCACUGCAUUUCAUACGCCUAGAGCAUGAUGGCAAGCCUUUGCACAUGUUUGUAUGCGAGUGGAUUCCAUUGAACUUUGUAACUUUUUCUUCUGCACGAUGAUUUUAUUGUAUAUUGUAAAUAGAAACAUUUUGUCAAACAGA